AUGAACUACGUUUUUGACGGUAUUUACGAUCGCUAUGCCCUUACUGACCCAUGGGUGCUUCUCCUCGAAGAGGACCACUACCUAGCUCCUGAUGCUCUGCAUGUCCUCGCCAUGAUAAUAGAAAACAGAAAAACUUACUGCGAAAAAUGUGAAAUUAUUUCACUGGGAUUUUAUUUGAAAUCCUUUACAAACUAUGGAAAUCAUAUUGCGAAACUUGGUGCUCAUCCAUGGUACAGCUCCAAGCACAACAUGGGCAUGGCAUUUCGCCGCGAAACGUGGAUGAAAGUUAAAAACUGUUCAGAGGUAAACUUAUGCUCUCAUCUUAUCCCAUCUCCACAAGCACUAAGAAUCUAUCUAUUUUCACUUCUACAUCACUAAAU